GCCGGUGGGAUUCGUGACGUCAGUCUGGAAUGAGGGAGUGAAUGUUCCGGGUCAGAAACUCCGGGAUCAGAAAAACGCCAAAUAAACGCUACUAAACAGACAUGUAACCGCUUACAAGAGCGAUAAGGCACACUUCUCAGCCUCUCAGUAAAGAUGUCGCGAAAAAGGUGAAAAAGCGGAAAGAAAACUCCAGGGAAGCAGAAGUGGAGCGCGACGGUUUUAUUCCAUGUUUCGUUCGCGUCGGAGAUCGCUCGAUUGUAUGCGACACUAGUUGCGCUCUUUCACCGUUACUAGUUUCUCCGGCUUGUUUGUUUGAGUUUUGAUUGCUGUGGCAACUUUUCCAGCAGUACGGAUUUGUCUAGGGCUAGGAUCAGCGUCCCGUGAUGUUUCACUGUAUCCCUCUGUGGCGGUGCAGCCGUCACAUCGAGUCGAUCGAUAAGCGCCACUGCUCGCUGCUCUUCGUCCCGGACGAGAUCUAUCGCUACAGAGCGAGUUUGGAAGAGCUUCUACUGGACGCCAACCAGCUCCGGGAUUUGCCCAAGCCAUUUUUCAAUUUGACUAAGUUGAGAAAACUUGGCCUAAGUGACAAUGAGAUCCAGCGGCUGCCGGGGGAUAUAGCCAACUUUAACCAGCUCGUAGAGCUAGACAUCUCUCGAAAUGACAUUAUGGAACUCCCUGAAAGCAUUUCAUAUUGUAAAACCCUCCAAGUAGCAGAUUUUAGUGGAAAUCCUUUGACAAGAUUGCCAGAAAGUUUUCCGGAAUUACGGAGUUUAACAUGCCUUUCCAUCAAUGACAUUUCUUUACAAUCACUUCCAGACAACAUUGGAAACCUCUCUAACUUGGUAUCACUGGAACUCCGAGAGAACUUGCUGACUUAUUUGCCAGAGUCUCUGUCUCAACUUCAUAAACUUGAAGAACUGGAUGUAGGAAGCAAUGAACUGUAUAAUUUGCCCGAGACAAUAGGCUGUCUUGUCAGUCUGAAAGACCUGUGGCUGGAUGGAAACCAGCUGUCUGAAAUACCACCGGAACUGGGGAGUAUGAGAAGCCUUACAUGUCUGGAUGUAUCCGAGAACAAGUUAGAGCGCCUCCCAGAGGAGAUGGGAAACCUCCUCUCCCUCACUGACCUCCUGGUGUCCCAGAACCUCAUAGAUGUGCUGCCGGAGGGCUUAGGUAAACUAAGACUGCUUUCAAUAUUGAAAGCAGAUCAAAACCGAUUAGUCCAACUCCCGGAGAGCAUAGGCAACUGUGAAAGCCUGACAGAACUAGUGCUGACAGAAAACCAGCUGGUGAAUUUGCCAAGAAGUAUGGGAAAACUAAAGAAACUGUCCAACUUCAACUGUGAUAGGAAUCGACUAACGUCUUUACCAAAAGAGAUCGGCGGCUGCUGCAGUCUGAAUGUUCUGUGUGUGAGAGAGAACCGUCUGGCGCGCAUCCCUCCCGAGCUCUCGCAGGCUACAGAGCUGCAUGUGCUCGACGUUUCUGGAAACAGACUGCUGUACCUGCCCUUGACCCUGACCUCUCUACGACUCAAAGCUCUCUGGCUGUCAGAGAACCAGUCUCAGCCCCUGCUCACCUUCCAGACGGACGUGGACCCCGAGUCUGGAGAGAAGGUCCUGACCUGUGUACUGUUGCCUCAGCAGCCCUGUGAAUCGGAAAACAAAGGUUCCGAUAACCUUGCCCGCUGUGGUGCUCUGGAGAGUCUGGUGGAGAGCGGCAUGCUGGAUGACACCUGGGAUGACAAAGCCACAAACAGAAUGAGCACCAUCCGUUUCAUGGAGGAGGAUGAUGAUGAGGAUGAUGAAGAGAGAACACUGUUGCGGCGGGCCACGCCACACCCAGGCGAGCUGAAGAACAUGAAGAAGGUGGCCGAGAGCAUCCGAAAGGACAUGAACGCCGCCAAAGGCCUGGAUUCCAACAAAAACGAGGUCAAUAAUGCUGUGGACCGAGUGACCACGUCUGUGUGACUGCUGUAACUCUGAGAUGUCUCUUACCCAGUGUGUCUGUCCCUGAAGCCCCCGCAGAGCCAUUCCUCACUGUGUUCUCCCAGGGGCUGACCACCCUUUUGCUGUCCUGGGACCACCAGAGCCCCUUUUCCAGCCCUGCUAACUUCAUCCGCUCCUGCCCUGUGUCAGGGAUGAGUCCUCAUUACACGGUGCCUUCUUUUCUAAAGACCUCCAGAGCAAAGGAAUGCACGUUUUUACUCUUCAAAUCCAGUGCUUUUCUUUGACACACAAAAUAGUUAGUUGCACUACAAGUCUUAUCAUAAAUCUGUCAAGAACCUUUAAUAUAGAAAUAUGAAUUUUAUAUAUAUAUAUAUAUAUAUAUAUAUAUAUAUAUAUAUAUAUAUAUAUAUAUAUAUAUAUAUAUAUAUAUAUAUAUAUAUAUAUAUAUAUAUAAAUAAUAUGCUCUAUUUUUUUAUUUUCGAACACUGGGUGCAUUUCUUUCUUUUGGUGAUACACGGAACCCAGGUGUUUUUGGACCUACUGAUUUUAAAAAUUAUUGUAUAGUUUCUUGUGAAUAUUGAGACUUUUGUACGUGUGGCAGCUCAGGUGGUGUAAAUUUUAGAAACAAACAAACAAACAAAAAAAAGAUGCAUAUCCAUUUUCUUAAUCAAUGAACUUUCCCAUCGCUUGGACUUAAUUUUAGAAUUAAAAGCAUUCGAACAAAGUGACAGAUUUUUAAUGUCAUACACAGUUCAUUCUUAUCUAAACAUGAGGGGGCAGCUUUGUAUUUGAUUUUCAGGUUUUUCUUCAUAACCCAUGCAGUUUUCAGUGUGUGUAAAGAAUGUUUUGUACUAAAAGUUAAUUAAAAGGGCUAAUACGGUUCUGGACCGUGAGCUGAAACACUCCCGACAUGUGGACCGACAAACUGGAGCUGAUAUUACUUAAGUAAGCAGACUUCUGCCGCAGUUUAAAUGUGCUUCCAGCUUUUUAAAAAGCAGAUACAAUAAAACUCUUGUAAUUAAGGUAAGGGUAGUUAGUUAUUAUCUUCUGCUUUGGUUUAGGUGAGCAGUUUUUCCCUCCAAGUGCCAGAAUGCACUUUUACAAGCAAUGCUAUCAAUUUUUUAUUUUUUAAUAUAUGUAUAUGGUACACUACGGACUUCAUUUUACAUUGUAUGUUUUCAUUUGUAUUCCAAGAAAGACAUGGUUUUUAAUGUUGAUUUUGAUCUUUUAUUUCUUGUAAAUGAAGCUGCACAAAAAACAAUCUUAAACGGGCGUAGUUUCUGGGCCGUUUAUGACUUUAACCACUGAAAUAAUAAAAUGAUUUCAUGAAA